AAGGAAUGCAUCAUAAUACCAAUCUAGACAUGAUGUUGCUCCCAGAAACAUUAACUAUGUAAUUAUGCCUAAUCUCUGUUCUGGACCAUUGAAAAGUAUAUUGGUAUGUGUCUGAUGCAGUGCUAUACCUGAGGGGAUGGUAGGCUAUGUGGUAGGCCAUGUCACAGUUGCUGUGUUUCUCUACAAGGCAAUGAUGUUUUCCCAUGGCACUGAAUCUACUGUGAUUACAUCACAACCGUCCUGAUAUGAGGUCUGAGCCCAGUAGAGACACACAACAGGCCCCACCCUGCCAUAUCAACCUUCCUAAUGACUCUGUGGCAAUGCUUUCAUGGCAACUGUACAGGACCUACGCAGGCAGUUGAGGUAUUAACAAGGAAAUCAAUGUCUGCCAGACACCGAGUACAGUGGCGCAUAGUAUCGACAGUGACUAAAGUGGCAGGUUUAAGAGACUGCUUUUCUCAGAGUUUUGUGAGGUGAAAUAUCUGCCUCCACAUACUCUCAGGUCUAUAAUGAAAACAUUCUAGAGUUCAUCCCCCCUGCAUGAGAGAGAGAGAGGAGAGACAGCAGGAGAAGGUGAGCAAGAGAUUUAGAGGGAGGCUGCCAUGUUUACUCUGAGGUAGAUUCUCACACAAAGGAUACCACUGUAGAGCCUAUCUCCUAACUCGCUCUUCAUAAAACUUUACAUGAAACCACACUGGUUAAUUUUUACAAUGUAGGGAGCAGGGGUGCUUGUUUGAAAUGUCAAGAAAAGCAAGCAGUGUGUAUGAUGGUGAAUAGUCAGAGAUCCUGGCUUGGCUGUGUUUCUAAACCAGACAGCCCCUCUCUGCUGAGCUGUUCCCCCAUCUGGUUCUAAUCAACAGACCCUCCACCCUCCUACCGUCAACAGACCAUUGGCAGGGAAGUGUCAAGGAAAGGUGUGUUUCAGAUAGAGACGGAAGUCUUCACACAUACACACACAUUCAUGCACACUCAAUGGACAGUGCCGCUUACUUUGUUAAUAUAAUGAAGAUGGAAGUCCUCACACACAUGCAAUCAAAUACACAUAGGCAUACACCUUCCUGGCCACUCCUCUCCAGAGUGGUUUUGUUGCAACCUACUGACAGUGGGGUGAGAGACUCAUUGUUUGUGGGAAAAGAUAGUAAACCGCUCCCUGAAACAAAUGGGGCCCCACCCUGGUUGACUGUACCGGUCUCCGAUAUCUCUCACUGUUUACCAAGCAGGUUACUGGUUAACCGCCACCGCAGGGACUGUCUAUAUCCCCAUCAUCACCUGGCAGCUACACUGUCCUAGGACUUGUCACAUUGUCACCUGGAGAAGAGGGGAGAUAGUCGUAUUAAUAGCUUCUGCAUUUGCUUUAGUCUUCAUUUAAAUUUAAAAGCUCUUGGAAAACGUUGAAUUCAGAUACUACUCGGUUAGUUUUCGAAGAGAGUGCGCCCGGCUCGCAAACGUCUGAUGAAACGCUAUUCACCGGAUGCAGAGGCAUUUUCAACAGGGUGAAGGCUGUUCACGUCUGAGAGGGAUCUGUGAAUGAUCAGCACUGUUUUCAACAGUGUGCUGAGGAUUAUUUUGAUUCCCGUCACAUUCAGUUUCCUGGAGAUAAUUUCUUCUCACUGAUUUGGCUAGAUGUUAAGGGGGUUGUGGAAAUUGAGAAAGCAGGAAAGGUGUGGAAUUUGUGUCUGAAUUCCAGGGCACAGAUGUAACCAAUCACAAGUGAGCCUAAUGGAGUGCCAAUUGUAGCCACAUUGUUUGUAUUGUUGCUGUUGUUGUUGGGGGUGUUUUAUCGUUGUGUCCACCUCCCACCACUGUGCUGAUAGGUUGAUUUGCCCAGCUCAGAGUCAGACGAGAACCAAUCUCUGUGCCUGUCUAUCUAGUCUGGUUGUAGUGACUGACAGGGAUCUGGUUUCAGGAGUGCAUUACUGACCUUAAGGAACAGGAGAGUUGUGGGGGGUAGAGAGUAGGGAAGUAGGCCACAGGGAUCCAGGGGGGGUUUAGUGAUAGUAACACCUCUAAAUGUGUUAACCCUCCUGUGCUAUUGCUUUCUAAUACCUGAAAGGUCAACGACAACGACAGGGGAAGUGGACAUACUCCCAGAGGUACACUACUCCAACUGCAUUAGAUUGAGCCGCAAGUCUUGGCAUGCGACUCCAUGCCGCACCACUCAAGAUUAAUGGACUUGUUUUUCUUCACGGAGCGUGGAGGUAACUGAAGGUUGUGUGCACAUCUGUCAACUGUAACUCAAUCACCUUGUCAGCCAGCGAGACGGGACUGCACUCUGUUUUUCUAUUUACCAAGGAUAUUUUUCUUGCUUUCGCUGCUGGUGUGUCUGAGCUGUGCUCACAAAGGCGCUCUGAAGCGUCUGGAUCUGGACAGCGUAACACUGCCUGCCUGCACACGCCUGCCUGCCAGAGCUGCCAUUAUCAUAAAAUACUAGAGGCCAACGGCCGAAGGAGAGAGGACUGGAAUCAUGUGGCAGCAGUCAGCUGGGUCCAGCUCUCACACUGAAAGGGAGUAGUACCCACACCAGGUUCAGUCACAGCAGUCUCCAAGCCACAGCCACACACAACAGCUCUGUCUGUUUGUCUGCAGCAGACCUGGACCACUGGAUCACCAGCCUUGAACUCGACCGUUCUGAGGACCCCACAGGGACACCACUGGUUUAGGUGUCCGUCCGUGUGCCUGAGGGAAGUGUGUGGAGUAUGGAGGCUCACAGGGGACUGGCGUCGGACUGGGAGGCGGUGCUGGAGCUGGAUGAAGAUCUGGCUGGGUGGCUCCCACAGGAUCCGACCCGGAAUGAGUUUGGCUGGGAGUGGGGCUGGGCCGCCUCGGACCACCAAGACCAGGACUGGGAGUCAGAGGAGGUCCCUGCAGUGUUGAGCCCCACAUACAAACAGCGUAAUGAGGACUUCAGGAAGCUCUUCAAGCAGCUACCGGACACAGAGCGACUCAUCGUGGAUUACUCCUGCGCCCUGCAACGAGACAUCCUCCUGCAGGGCCGACUCUACCUCUCUGAAAACUGGAUCUGUUUUUAUAGCAACAUCUUCCGCUGGGAAACGCUGCUGACAGUGAGGCUGAAGGACAUCUGCACCAUGACGAAGGAGAAGACAGCACGCCUCAUCCCCAACGCCAUCCAGGUGUCCACAGACGGUGAGAAGCACUUUUUCACCUCAUUUGGAGCACGGGACAGGACCUACAUGAUGAUGUUCAGAUUAUGGCAGAAUGCACUUCUGGACAAACCCCUUUGCCCCAAAGAGCUAUGGCACUUUGUCCAUCAGUGUUAUGGCAACGAGCUUGGCCUGACCAGUGACGACGAGGACUACGUUCCCCCUGACGACGACUUCAACACCAUGGGGUUCUGUGAGGAGAUCCCUAAUGAGGAGAAUGAGAUCAGUAAUGACAACUUGUCAAAGAGCAGCACGGAGGCCAAGCACGAGGGCAGCCCACCAUCCAUACACAAGAAAUGCAUUAUCACCAACAGCACCAUCAACUCAUCCAUCAGCAGCAAGCCCCUCUCUGUGAGUCUCAGCGACAUAAUAGAGUUUGACCUCCCUCCAGAGGAGUACAUCGACUGCCUCCCUGACGGGGAGCUGCUGGCCUUGCCCCUGGUGCUGGAGCAGAGGUUAGCGGAGGCCAGCGGACUGGUGCCCUCGCCCUCCCUAGACUUCAAUGACAAUGAAGACAUCCCCACUGAACUCAGUGACUCUUCAGAGACCCACGACGAAGGCUCUCCAGCAGGGGAAGUGCAGGCCUUCCACGAUGACCUUAAAGGGAGACAGUACAUCGAUGAGGUUUACAAGUUCAGUGUGGACAAGAUGUACGACAUCCUCUUCACAGAAUCCCAGUUUAUGACCGAUUUCAUGGAGCAGCGCAGGUUCUCUGAUAUAGUGUUUCACCCCUGGAAGAAGGACGAUGCAGCGGGGAACCAGAUGAGAGAGAUCAUGUACACCAUCUCCCUGUCCAACCCGCUGGCCCCCAAGACAGCCACAGUCACAGAGACCCAGACACUGUACAAGGCCAGCCAUGAGAGUGAGUGCUACAUCAUCGAUGCUGAGGUCAACACACACGACGUGCCCUACCACGACUACUUCUACACACUCAACCGUUACAUGCUGACACGGGUGGCCAAGAACAAGUGCCGGUUAAGGGUGUCCACUGAGCUACGUUACAGAAAACAGCCAUGGGGAUUAGUGAAGGGCUUCAUCGAGAAGAACUUCUGGAGCGGGCUGGACGAGAACUUCCGUCAUCUUGAGUUGGAGCUGUCGAAGGUGGAGGAUGUGGUGUUGGAGUCAGCCCAGCCCUCUCCCAAGGUCAAGGUGGUGAAGACAUCUGUGAGGCGGAGGAAUAGACCCCUGGUCCACCUACGGAGCCAGCACCUGGACGACGCCCUCCUCAGCCCCGUCACCACGCCAACCGAUGACGAGGUCAUCCACCGCAUCAAACAUGUGGGCGUGACAGGUUCCACUCAGACCAGGCACAUACCUGAGCACCUCCCUGGAGGCUUCGCCCUCUACAGCGUCUCCAAACUGCUGCUCAUCAUCAGCUUUGUGAUCUGUCUAAGCCUGGUUUUGCUGGUGUUCCUCAACAUGAUGCUGUUCUAUAAGCUGUGGAUGCUGGAGUAUUCUGUACAGCCUCUUACCACCUGGCAAGGGCUGCGGAUACAUGAAAGUAAACUGCCCCAGACGCAGAUGGAGUGGGCCCAGCUCCUGGAGUCCCAACAGCGUUACCAUAACGCUGAGCUGCAGAAGUGGAGAGAGAUCAUCAAAUCCUCAGUGGUACUAUUAGACCAGAUGAAAUACUCUCUAUUGAACCUUCAAAGGGGCAUUGACUUAAGGGACUACAGCUCAGAAGCUGAGGAGAAAAGAAGCCGUUACCACUGACAUACGAUCUUAGGCCAUGAGGGCAUGGUGUGCAAUAUAGGAGUUGUUUGUGUAUAAGUAUGCAAACAAAACAAAGAGAGACAAGAGACCGACCGACAGCGAGGCGAGCUGGCCCCAGUGUGACAGGGACAGCCUGCCGGCUGACGACCCCCAACUCACAGAGGUCACGACCCCGCAGGUCAGACCAUGGACAGGAAGUGCCCCUAUCACAGACAGGAAAUUAACAGUGGGGUUCCCACAGCACUGAGGCAUCGUGGGAAGGCGACAGCCCCACUUACUUAGACGCCACUUCUGUCUCUUAUUUUUCUGUCUUUUAAUUUUGGAAGGACAUCGUACUGUAAGCCAUUGCCACAUGGCAAUUAACUCCUCUCGAUGAGCGUCUGUCUGUGGUUCCAUUCCUUUCUGUGACUGUCUAAAGAUGAACAAAAGAG